AUGUCUGCCACGCCCGUUUUCACUAAGAACGCAGCACCGCCUGCCGGCCCUUACUCCCAGGCCAUCAAGACCCCCACUACCAUCUACUGUUCGGGCCAGAUCCCUUGCGAUGCCGAGGGCAACCUAGUUGAGGGCACCAUCCAGGAGAAGACGGCCGCAUGCAUUGCCAACCUCAAGGCCGUCCUCGAGGAGGCCGGCUCAGGAAUUGAGAAGGUAGUCAAGGUCAAUGCCUUCCUGACCGACAUGGCCAACUUUGCUGCCAUGAACGAGGAGUACGCCAAGUGGUUCGUCCACAAGCCCGCCCGCAGCUGCGUCGCCGUGAAGCAGCUUCCCAAGGGUGUGGACGUUGAGAUUGAAUGCAUUGCGCUUCCUUGA